AUGCGCGGUUGCAGCGUCGUGCGCGUGAGCUGGAGAGAAAAAAAGCUACUUUCCGAAGUCGACUCCAACAGACACAGCAUCGCGUUCCUGGUAGGAGAUACACCAGCCGAUGCCACUUCUCUCGAUGUAGUGUACGUACGUGCGCUUCCGGCGAGCAGACCUUACGAUGAGAACCAGAGCCGCAAGCACGAGGAUUUACCCGCUUCUGCCCAAUUAGGGCUUCACACAGCUCGCAUGGAAACGGAAGGUAUGCCAGACAGUGGUUGGAGAGUGAACGUCCGUGAGUUCACAUAUCCAUGUCGGUUCCACAUGAAAUUCAGUAUCUGCACGCACAUUCUGUUUACAUUGAACGCGAGAGGCCACAUCGACCUUUCCGGGCGUGAGCGUCUCGUGUACCGAGGUCCAAACAAGAAGCGCAAGGUUUCUUCUCAGCGCCAGGGUCCCGGACGCCCAACCUCUAACGGGCACGCGCUGCAUAUCAACUAAGCUGCAAUCGCAUAUACAACAGAUUAGCUUAACUGGAGGGACUUACAAGUUGUACGUGUACUUACC